AUGAAGAAUACGGAUUUAGAGUACCUAUCAACAUAUUUUGUAACAGAUAUUACCGGUACUGCGCAUGUUCAUACGUCAAACUGGUUUCAUAGUUCAAAGUCGCAUGUUUUAAUUAUUGGCGCUAACCCUGGUCAACCAACUCUACUCACACCAAUGACAGAUGGAAAUGAGCCCGAUCACAGGACAAUUUAUGACCUAAUACUAAAAGAAUACGCUUUUGAUAAAGCAUUUAGGAAGUUAUACGAAUCUAACCACCUGUGCUGUGGCUAUAAACACAAAGAAUUUGCGGGAAAUAUCGUGUCCAAUAUCAAAUGCUUCAAGUGCGGGAAAUAUGCACCUUCAAAGCGGUUUACGUCACACAUGGAUAGAUGUAUGAAAAAGUAAGUUGUGAUGUGCGGGCUCUUACUUUCCUGGUUGCGGACUAAUUUUGUGGUUUUUACUUUUGCCUUCUCCUUUUACAGAAACUAUAAUGGAUUGUAAAUAAAGAAAAGCCUUGAUUGAUGA